CCUUGUUCAUGUAGGUGAAUAAUUGCGGCGAUAUCACGGGAGAGUCACAGACCGUACAGCCAGCACAAUGGAUCGGACGCCACAUGUAGACGAGGAGAUCCCCAUGUCGGAAACCAACGUCAACACCCGCAACGGCACUCGGGAUGUCGAUAUGGUCAGCGUGAGUGGAGAUGGAAGGGUCAAGUGGACCCGACAAAUGGAUUUCUUUUUGUCCUUGGUUGGAUAUUGUGUUGGUUAUGGAAAUCUAUGGAGAUUUCCCUAUUUCUGUAACAGAAAUGGUGGAGGAGCGUUCCUGAUUCCCUAUUUGAUCUGCCUCGUCCUGGUGGGCCUACCGCUAUUCUUUUUGGAGGUUUCUAUUGGCCAGUUCUCUGGACGUGGGGCCAUGCAUGUGUGGAGCAUUUGCCCUCUCUUUAAAGGCUUGGGUUAUGCGAUGAGUAUGAUCUCCUACCUGUUUUCAUUCUACUUCAACCUGAUCAUUGCCUGGGUCCUGUACUACCUGGUGAUGUCCUUCUAUCCUGUCCUGCCCUGGACCACCUGCUCCAACUGGUGGAACACGCCCGCGUGUACCACGUGGGACACCCCCCAGACAGGCAACGCUAGUGUCAUGUACAACGUUAGCUUCCUCGGCUCUACACAAACACCUAGGAACGUCAGUACACCAAUCAAAAGCAUUUCUAAUGUUUCAAGAUCAGCAGCGGAAGAGUUCUGGCAGUACAACACACUGCGUGUUUCUACAGGACUACAUGAAAUGGAUGGACUUCAGUGGCAUUUGGUUGUUGUUUUAUUUGCUGCAUGGGUCAUUAUUUUUCUCUGUCUGGUGAAAGGUGUAAAAUCUGUUGGAAAGGUGGUGUAUGUGACUGCCCCCCUUCCUUAUAUACUCCUCACAGUCAUCAUCGUGCGCGCUAUGAUGUUGCCUGGAUCUCUGCAGGGCAUCAUAUUCUACGUCAAGCCAGACUUCAGUCGACUGGCUGAUUUCCAGGUGUGGUUGGAGGCAUUGCUGCAAAUUUUCUACUCUCUCGGCAUCACCUGGGGUGGCCUCCACACCAUGUCCAGCUACAACAUAUUCUCCAACAACUGUUACAGAGAUGCUGUCAUCAUUACUUUCCUGAGCGAGGGCACCAGUUUCUAUGCAGGCUUCGCCAUCUUCUCGGUUCUUGGAUUUAUGGCGGAGAAAAAAGGAAUGCACAUAUCAGAGGUUACCAAAGCAGGUCCUGGUCUUGGCUUUGUGACUUAUCCAGAAGCCCUUGCUGAACUUCCGUUUCCACAAGUGUCUUCAGUCAUCUUCUUUGUUAUGCUUGUCACAGUGGGAGCUGAUAGCGAGUUUUGCGCAUUGGAAACGACGGUGACUGCAAUUAUAGACACGUUCCCUAAACAGCUCCAACGCCGACGGAGCUGGGUGACAGCUCUUGUUUGCAUUUUCAGCUUCCUUGUUGGCUUGGUCUUCACAACUCGGGGUGGCAUAUACGUGUACAUGUUGAUCGACUGGUAUGUGGCGAGCUUCAGCACCAUGCUUAUAGGCAUCCUUGAGUGCAUCAUCAUUGGUUGGAUAUACGGUGCUGACCUAUUCAGUAGUGACAUCGAGAUGAUGCUAGGACGGAAACCACCUAUCUAUAUGAAGACUCUCUGGUGCUUUUUGACACCUGCACUGUUAACGAUGUGCUUCAUCCUCACAAUAGUACAGUACGACGUUCCUGCCUAUAAUGACUACGUAUACCCGACAUAUGGCGUUGCUAUUGGACUAUUUAUUGGCCUGGUGUCUAUAGUACCGGUGCCGAUCUGUAUGAUAAACGAGUUAUCCAAGGCAAAAGGGACGUUUGUUGACCGUGUGCGCACUUGCUUGAAACCUGACUCCACUUGGGGACCAAACUCCACAAAAAGACGUAUUGAGUAUUCCAGACACAGGAAGACUAACUGGAGGAACUCCUUUAGGAUACAUAAAUGGUAGUCAAAGGAAUACCAGGUUCAUAUGGGUCGGGAAGUCAACUUUAAAUAACUUCCUUUGGAUAAAAACACUCAAGGACAAUAAA